AUGCUCCGUUCAACGCUGCCUCGAGCAGCGCGAGUCCGCCCAUUCCCCACCCUACGCAGGCAUCAGCAAAGCCAGCUCCGGCGCACUUUCGCAACAGGCUCCAAUGGCACGCCACCACCUAGCGCGAAGCAGUCGAGAAUACUGCAGCUGCUAGAUCGAUGGAUUGAGCGCAGCCCUGCCUUUGCACAGAAGCCUCUCAUCGCCCUCAGGCACGCGCCAGCCAGCUACAUCAUCUCGUUCGCGGUCCUCCACGAGCUGACUGCGGUUGUGCCACUGGUCGCACUGUUCUGUGGGUUUCAUUACUUUCGAUGGCUGCCCCCAUGGUUUGCGGAAGGCGAGUGGGCUAUAGAAGCUGUUGAGAAAAUGGGCAAGUGGUUCCGCAAAAGAGGAUGGAUCGAUGCCAAGGAAGAAGCAUACGUUGAGGAGCAGACUAAGGCUGGCAACGCCAGGCUCUUUGAGAAACAAAGAAGACGAGCCUCUGAAAUCUGGAAUGAGGGCGAGGGCAGAGGCAGGAUCUUGAUCGAGGUUGCGACAGCCUAUACCAUUGUGAAGUUCCUGGUGCCAGUACGCGUGGUGUUGAGCGCCUUCUGGGCUCCGUGGUUCGCGAACUCCGUACUACUUCCAACGGGUCGAGUUAUUAAGAGGGUUGGAUCAUUUAUAUCACGCAUCAUACCACGAUCCUAG